AUUGAAAACCCACAAAAACCCACAAAAACCCAUUUGAGUUAUAGAUUUUUAUUGUAAUUUUUGAUCUGGGUUUGUUCCAAAGAAAAGAACUUCAAUCAUAUUUCCUUACUUUUUGGGUUUUCCCUCAUUGGAAACAUAUCUUAGAACAUUUGGAUACAAUAUCCCAUUUGGAAUACGCAAAUUAUACACCGAUUCCCAUCUGGGUUUUGUUUAUUGAGUGGGAUUCUGAAGUGUACUGCUCUGUUUUGGUUGUUCCGGCCAUGGGUGGAUCGGACGAUUUUGAGGAAUCGAAAGCAGUGGCUAUUACUGGUAAGAUCACGAUUUUAGCUAUAAUUGUUCUCUUAUUGGUGGUUGUCUUCGUUCUCUUCCUCCAUAUGUACGCGAAAUGUUUCUGGUGGCGCAUUGAGGAACAACACCCUCCUCGUAUUGGCCGACGGCGGCGCCGAUUUGUCUUCGCUACUGGGCAAGAGACGUCUCUCUAUGUCCGUUCCUCAAAGGGCCUUGAUUCCGCAGUCCUCGCAUCUCUUCCCCUGCUCGUGUUUCGCCAAGAGGAUUUCAAGGAUGGACUUGAGUGUGCGGUUUGCUUGUGUGAGCUUGAAGAAGGGGAGAAAGCUAGGCUGCUUCCGAAAUGCAACCAUGGAUUCCAUGUGGAUUGCAUCGACAUGUGGUUUCAAUCGCACUCCACAUGUCCCCUUUGCCGGAAUCCUGUCGCCGCCUUUGAGAGUGAGGACUCGAGUUCUGUGGAUUCAGUAGAUGUUCAUCUCGAGUCUUCUCAACAAAAUUCCUCAUCCGGGCAUUCCGCAGAAUCUCCUAUUUUCCCUACCAAUAUUUUGUUUUGGGGGAACGAAACUCAGGUCAGCAGCGUCGGUGCUGGUUUGGAAGAGGGCAUCUCAGCCUCCCCCUCAUCCGCCUCUUUUCCGUCCUCCUCCUCUGGCAACGGCAGCAGCAGCAACAGGUCGGAGGGGAUGUUGGUGAUUGAUGUUUCUACGAAUAUGAAUGAGAAUUUGACAGAGGGAGAAUCAAAGUCGCCAAUGCCUACAAGAUUGAGGUCAUUGAAGAGGCUUCUGAGCAGGGACAACAGAGUGGCUCCUAAUUGUUCUAGUAGCAGCUCUCUGGAGGUUUAGGUACACUGGGGAAGAGGUUUCAUCUUGAAAGCCGAUUUGGGAUGCCCCAAGAUGUGUUUAUAUUCUGGAUCGGGGUGAAGAUUAAUCAGGCUAGAAUCUUGUAUCUCUUGGAUUGUUCAGCUCGAUGGUUGCAUUGAGCACUUGAGAAAUCUUGGAAUCUGUAUUUGCAGAGGUGAAAACAAUCUACGGAUGAUGUGGUUUAUAAAGAUUCAUCAAUUGA